AUGGAUGAGACAGGGGAUACUCUGAGGUCCUGCAUGGAGCAGCUGCUCCUUGUCAGGAACGAGAAAGAGCGGCUUAUAAUUGAAGCAACCAAUAAGAUCUCUUCCGAGCAGAAGAAGACGCUACAUUUACAGCAGAAGUUUGAAGAUGCAAACAAACAGUUUGAGAAGGUCAUCACAGAAAACUACAAUCUUUGCAACAUUGUUGCCUCAAAGGACAAACUGAUCGAAGAGCUGAAAGAAUCCAAAGCACAUUCGGACCAGAAGUUGACCGAUGCAACUGCAAGGCUUGAAUUUUCGCAGAAACAAUGCGCCUCCCUUCAGUACGAGGUGCGCGUGCUUCAGGAGGAGCUUGAGAUUCGGAGCAAAGAGCGAGAGUAUGACCUCAAAUCAAUAGACGCUGCUCGGAAGAAGCAGCAGGAGAGCACGAAGAAGAUCACUGCACUAGAAGCAGAAUGCCAGAGGCUGCGGACCAUGGUUCAGAAGCGUCUGCCAGGUCCUGCGGCGUUGGCAAAAAUGAAAGAUGAGGUCAAGCGACAAGGUUCUAGUGCCGCUGAGAAUGGAACAAGAAGGCCCCGUGCAGGUGCAGCAGUGCAGCCACAGCAGUCGAGGCAUUCCAUGUCUGAAGGUCACCUAGUCAAGCUGCAGGAGUUGGGUGAUGAAAACAGACAGCUCAGGCAGUUAUUGGCCCAGAAGGAGAGCGACCUGCACUUUGUGCUUUCGAAGUACGCAGACGAGGCAUGCAAGCUGUCAAUACUGCAAAGGCAGCAUGGAGAGUUGUCUGGCAGUCACAGUUUAAUAGAGAAUAACCGUCCAAAACCAAUGGUGAGUGCAUUUGCCAAGACAGAACACUCCAUAUCUGGGAAGCAACAGGUGUCUAAGAUUAGGAGUAGGAGCAGAAGAAUCACAGGAUCUGACAUGCUAUUGGUUGUUGAUCCUCUAGAUAUUGAGAAACUAGAGAGGACAUCCAGACCUUCAAGUGCCCCACAUCAGUGUGUCGAUUCACCUGAUACAGACUCAAAAAUGAUGGCCUCAGACACAUUUCAUAGAGAGCUCAUCCCUGAUGGUUUCUCUGACAAGUACCCCGAAUGGAUUCAGGACAUUUUGAAUGUAAUCAGACAUAAGCAUCAAGGCAGUAAGAUAAGUGUUGAUGUUAUUCUUGAUGAAGUAACACAUGCACUGAAGAAUGAGAUAUCUGCCAAAGAAAAUGAUGGUGCACACUUUUCCUAUGACAGGGCAGAAAUAGACAAAAUGGUGGCUACUCUGAUAGAAAGAGUCAGCAGCAUGGCUGAAAUAUCUACCAAAAACAAUGUUAUGAGUUUUCGAUCACUUUCUCAUGAAAAGUCUGAACUCACUUUGCGACUGGAGCAUCUAGUUCAUGUCUGCAGUGACGUAUUAGAUGGAAAGGCUAAUCUUGAAAGGCUCACUGAUGAAGUUUGCUUGAUCCUAGAGUGGAUAGUGAGCCGAUGCCUUUUAUGUUCUGAUGGACUAGACAUUGUGGACUACAUAACAAAUAAUUCAGAUGGAAAUGAGUCCCAAAGGACAUUAAGCAUUCAUGAAAAAGAUAUAAUGCAGAGUACAAGAUCAAAAAUGGUUUUAGGAACGCAACAAGAGAGACAAAGAUCGGUUGAAACAACUGAUGACUUGAUCCCUGAUGUAAUAUUAGAAAACCAUUCUCAGAUUGAGUUGAUCACUUCUAAGCUUGUUGAGGACUUAGUGGCUCUUAGACAAGAGGAGGGUGAUACUUGUCAGGAACAGCAUCUGGUAUGCUGUGAAGCAAAAAGUGCUGCUUCUGACGGGAGCAAAGACAAGUUAGUAGAAGAAGAGGGAAACCAGCUCACAACGACCUCAGCAAUAUCUGCAGCAGCCAGGAAACUUGCAGAAUGCCAAGAAACAAUGGCAAAUCUAAGUAAGCAGUUGCAUGCUCUGGAAAGUCCGGCAAAUACAGAUCCAUCAGAUAAAGAGAAAUGUGGUACCCUGCCCCCGUCAGCUGAGCCUGAUGCAACCGAGAAGAAAGAACACGGCGAGCCUGAUGCAAAUGCAACUGAGAAGAAAGAACACGAGCAAGAUUCUGGCCGAAGUCUACAGUCUGCUAAAAGUGCUUCGACCCUGGUCAUUGUUCGUCCGACGGUCCCGAAGUCACCCCGACCAUCCGUUUCUGUUGACACAAAAAAGAAGAAGCGGCGUGCUAAUCUUCUGGGCAGGCUUGUCUUCAGAAAGAAAGCAUAA